AUGCCGCUGGCGUCGCACGUGCCGUCUCGCGGCACGACGGUGGUCGCCUGUCCUCCGUCCGCCGUCUCUCGACGACCUACCGACGCCGCUCUCGCCGUCCACCCGAUCUCGCCAGCUCUCUCGGCAGCACCAACGUCGAGGAGCCUGCCACAGAACGGCCCGAUCCACCUCAACAAGGACAACUUCCCCCUCCUACACUCGCUCCUCCAGUCGCCCGAGUACCUCGACGCCGUCGCCCACGAUCCAGGGCUCGCUCGCCGCCCGUCGACGCGACACACGAAAGUCUCGACGUCGACCGGGAUAGGCUCGAGCAGGACGCAGCGCAAGCCGUCGAGGAGCGGAGCGUCGGGCGUCGCCGACCUGUGGAGCAAGGUCCCGCGCGCGUUCGGCUCGUCGUCGUCGGUGGCGGGCAGUGCGAGAGCGGCCCGACAGAGCCAGAAGAAGCGGUCGACCGAGUGGGACGUCGUCGAGGCGGGAGCUGCCGUCGAGACGUUGUCGAAAGCGGCGGUGGCGGCCGGUUCGGCGAGCGCUGUCGGUCGAGCAGGCAGGGCGCCGCAGACUGGCGAGCAUGAACGUGCAGCUCGACGCCCACCACCUGCCUUCCUCCUCGCCAGCCACUCCCUCCCCGACCUCCCGACGACGUCCACGUCGACCGCCUCUGCGCCAGUCACCUACUCGUCCCGUCCGACUCAGGCCCAAGCCUUGCCCUCAAACCCUCACCCGCCGCCGACACGUCCCUCGACCGCGUUUGCCUCGACCGUCUCGACCCUCAAGCGCAUGCUCACGCGCUCGUCUCGCCCGUCUGACCACUCGUCGAGGCCGAGACGCUCGCGCUCGUUCGGCACCAAGUCUGCUUUUAGCGCGAGCACGAUGUUCGGCGGCGAGCGCAGGCCGAGGGCGACGAGCGGCCUGAGCGGCGGCGUCCUCCUAGCCGAGGACCGGGUCGCGACCGCCGCUGAGCAUGUGUGGGUCGUCCUCACGUCGUCUGGCGAUGCAUCGACGCCGGCGCGCGAGCCGCGACGGCCGUCACGAGGCGCAGCCGACGGGCGGGUCGAAGCAGGUCCGAGCGCCUCGUCGGCGCCACCGCCCUCCUCGGCCCUGCCGACAUCGCCUCGCUAUCAGACCCCUCGACAGACGUCCUCACACGCCGUCUCGUCGGGAGCUCCCUCGUCCAAGCCGCCCGUCUCGCGACGCCCUCCCGCUCCACCCGGCGUCGCGGCCUUUGCGCGGCCGACGUCGCUCUCGGCUUUCCCGACCGCUCGGCCGUUGCUCGACCGGAACGAGUCGACGUCGACGACCUACGCCUCGUACGGCCGACGCUGGGAGGGCUCGGCGUCGACGAGGGCGGCGGCGCGGGCGAGUCGGAGGAGCCUGAGUGUGCGGCGCAAGCCAGCGGCGGCGGCCGCCGCGCUCGCGGACAUCGACGCCGGCGACGAGAAGGUGUGGAGCAAGUGGAGGAGGUGGGUGCGAGAGCGGCGGGAGGCGAUGCGCAAGCAGGACGAGCGCACAGACGGGCAGAAGUAG